CAAGUUGCUACUAGGCUUUAGAGUGGCCUUUAUGUUCCAGUUUAAGAAAGAAGUCGUGAACUGCUGGUUCAACUCUACCCAGCAGCAUCUUCUCCUUCAGUACCACGGAGAGGUCUGAGUCGAGUGAAGGAAUGAAGUAUCGCGAGGUUUGAGGCCUCACGAUCUGCUGGACUCAUCAUCAUCAUCAUCAUCAUCACAAGCUCAUCCUAGAUGCUCGGCGACGCGCGUGCGUGUGUAGGAGUACCGUGACGUGAUUGUUUUCACUCCCAUCACCUCAUAAUAUAAUAUAACGGAUUUGUAAAACAUCGCCACCACAAUCACAUCGAUCAUUGAAAGUAAAAGUAGUUUAUUAGACGCGAGAGGGCGCGAGCUGCGGGAACACAUUUUGGGUGAACGCGCGAGAAGGUUAUUAAACAUAAACGGUUGACAGUGACCUGAAAAGAAUCUCCAUGGCAGAAAACAAUUUUCCUCCUCUACCACGGUUCAUUCCACUGAAGCCAUGUUUUUAUCAAGACUUCAACGAAAUCCCAGACCAGCGGCGUACAAUGUGCAAACGACUGUAUUACCUGUGGAUAUUGAACAGUGCCACUUUAGCAGUGAACCUGAUUGGCUGUCUAGCAUGGAUGUGCGGAGGAGGCGGAGCAACCAAUUUUGGGAUGGCUAUUCUGUGGCUGAUCCUGUUCACCCCUUGUUCAUACGUGUGCUGGUUUAGGCCCAUCUACAAGGCCUUCAAGACAGACAGUUCUUUCAACUUCAUGGCGUUCUUUUUUGUCUUCAUGGCACAAGUGGUGAUCAGUAUCAUCCAGACGGUUGGAAUCCCGGGAUGGGGAGUUUGUGGCUGGUUGGCCACCAUCACUUUUUUCAGCACUAAUAUUGGCUCUGCUGUUGUUAUGCUGAUUCCAACUAUAAUGUUCACUGCCGUGGCCGUGCUUUCCUUCAUCGCCCUCACUAAGGUCCACAAUUUCUACCGUGGCAGUGGGGGCAGCAUGAGCAAGGCCCAGGAGGAAUGGACCACCGGCGCCUGGAAGAACCCUCACGUCCAGCAGGCAGCGCAGCAGGCGGCAAUGGGGGCAGCACAGGGGGCCAUGCAGGGCCAGCAGUACUCAGCCGCACCGACCUACAACUACGACGAUCCAAUGUAGACCCUCUCCAUUCACAACAGGGGGAGGGAACAGAAACAGGGUAUUUGGGAGGGAAUUUCUGAGGGGGAAAAGAUGGAGACUGGUUUAAAAAAGGGGAGGGGAAAGCAAAGAUAUGGCCAAAUUUGAAUUUUCGCAACUACAACAAUACAGAAGCUAAAUGCAUUGAUAGUUUAAGGAGUUGCUUUUUUAGAGCCCCUCAAUAGGAAAGUCACUCUUGCCAUGUGGUAUUACAGUUAGUUAACGAUAUGUUGUGUUUCUCCACUUGUCGUAUUGUAAACAUGGCUAAACUAGAGCACCAAUAAGGAAACAUUCCAAAGCUCACCAUAGUAUAUCUAGAUCUGUCAGAAUCAUCCGUGUGGUGUUUGCAAGCCAGUUAUAUAUUUAGGUUGGCUUACAUAUUCAAGAACGUUUAGCAAAUGCAUCAGGACAGUUCAGCCUAAAAAUGAAAAUUCAGUCAUCGUCAAGUGGUUCCAGAAUAUAUUUUGUAGAAUGUUGGAGUACCAUAGCAUUUCAUCCAAUUAUGGAAGUCAGUAGCUACCAGCAGUGUUGGUUUGUAAGGACGCGUCAGCAGAGUGAGGAUCCAUUUGCAGCUUUAUUAGGUCACAAUGGGAUGAUCGUACAGGCAGGGUCAGAUAACAACAAACGAGGAUAACGAAGGAGAAUCUUAACUCAGAGUUCGUGAACAGACGAUCGGUCAAGACAUGCGGCAAAGAGAGUGUUCCAUAAAACGGAGCAGAGAGUCACUGAAGGCAGGCGGCAUCAACAAUCACAGAAACGGGAAAACAGUCCAGGGACAAAAUACAGAAUCAGGUCAGUAAACAGGAAAACACUGAGAAUUGUUUACGGGGUAAAACAAGACCCCGCAAUGAGUAACAGCAGAGAGGGAGUAUAAAUAGUCAUUGGGAUAGCUUUCAGGGUAAUCAGACUUGCUGGGAGAUGUAGUGAAACUGAAUUAGUAGUCCGGUGACGGUGACCUCUCGUGGCGAUCUGGAGGAACCACAGAGGUCGGAGAUGUUACAUGGUUAAGUAACUCUAAAAAAGAAAUUGAUUACAAAUUACUGACUACUACUGGAAAAUUGUAAUCUGAUUACAUUACUAAUUACUUUUAAAACAUAUCAAAUAUACCUAUAAAAAUACAAAAUAACCUGCACCUCAUUCAGUAAUUUAAUACUCACAUUCCAAACCUGUUUGUCUUUUUGUUUUAACACAAAAGAAGACAUGAAGAAAACUGGCUAACUGUAACCAUUGACAUCCAUAGUAUGCAAAAGCACUGUAGUGUUUGGGUGUUCUGUGUUUGUCUGAGGUAAUUGGUCUACCGAAAUGUGAAUAUUCCAUACAAAGUAGCUGAUCGGUCAGUUCUUGACGCGUGACUCGUGGUUUUCAACUGGGGCACAUGGAAAUGUGAGCGCUCACUAUAUGCGCGCGCCUCCAUUGGAAAUAACAAACUUGCACGAGCAAAAGACGCAAUCUGUGAACGGCCCCAUAAACAGCUACACUUCUCUUCACAUUCUGAAGAUACCUUCACUCCCGAUCCUGCACAAAAAUUCAAUUUAGCCUCUUUAGGCUGAGAUGGAUCACCAUGUUUUUGGGCGCCGGUGUCCUCCUUGGUGAUGAGUAUUGGUAUAAUAAGCUUUCUGUUCAAGUGCUGAAACAAGUUGCUGUUCGAGUUAAAACUAGUGGAAAGUUGUUUAAAGACUGGACAUAAACUGCAUUUUACAGCAACAAUUUUGUUUUUACACUCAAUGAAAUCAAAGUAAUGUCUGUAUUUCCAUUUGAAGAAACAGCCACUCUCGACAGCAACCAUUUCAGCUCGCGUUCCCCUGCAAUUUAAAAGCGCAUGCUUAUUAAUUGACAUUGCAUCGGAAAACAUUAUUUAAAAGAAGCAUUUUUGUUUUAAAAACUAUAUUUGUAACCUAAGUAACGCAAUUACACUGACUUUAAUGACUGUAAUAAAAUUACAAAUUUUAAAAUACUGCGUUCCUCAAAAAUGUAAUUAGAAUACAGUAACGCAAAACAGUGGAACGUGUUACACCCAACUCUGGCUACCAGUUACUAAAAUUCUACAAAAUAUAUUCUUUAAUAGUCUUAUGAAGUAACUCAUGAAGGUUUGGAACCACUUGAGGGUGAGUGCAUAGUGAAUUCAUUUUUAUUUUUGGGUGAACUCUCUCUUUACGGCCCUUUCACACUGAGUGCAGUUAAGUGGCACAACAUGAAGACACUCUUGAAUUAAAACAAUAGAUCCCUAUGGAGCUAUUCACACUGGGUGUGAUCAAUCACGGUGUACAAAAGUGAGGCUUUUCUCCUCUCAUCCUCUCCCAUGAUGAAAUGGGCCAUCUGAUUAAAUUUGAGCUUUAGAUCAUGUGUGCAAAAAGGCAAAAUUUGUGGCGCUUAAAAAGAGAAAGCUGAAGAAAAUCUUCCAGAAAAUAAUAGAUGUCAUGUGUUUGUUUACGUUUCUUUUCACACUUGACUACAAAAACUGAAGUUUCAUAGCAGGGAAUUGCAGAGAAAAUGGGAAUAGAAGCGUGAUAUUUUAUUAAAGGCAUUGGCAUGUUUACGAUUUUACUUAAUGUGUAGGAUCAAGAGCGUCAUCUAUUGUGCAGGAAUUUAUUUGUUAUUUGAUGUUUCCUUUAAUCACGUCGCACUCAGUUUGAAAGGAUCUUUACUCUUAACAUUUUACGAAUAAACAUACAUUUUAUGCACAGAGAGAAGAAAAGAUUGGCUUCCAGGCAGAAAUCGACUGGUAUUUUCUUGAUCUUGCAGUUGAAAGUUUAAAAACUAUAAACAUCACAUUUGUUUUCGUUAAGCACUUUCACAUCAAGUGUAAGUACAAACAAAACGUGUUUUUCUUUAUCUGUGAAGUUCUAAGGAAAGCCAUAUGCUUACGUUGUUUUAAUUGUUAUGUAUUUUUGUUCAUGUCAAAGGUUGUUGACAUUCGUGCGAUUAUGUGUGUUGUUGUUGUUGUUAGCAUUGUUUUCUUUACCUCAGGAUUUAAUCGUCUCAUUUUACUGCUGACGUACUGUAGCCGAGGUUCGGCUAGCGAAACAGAUUUGACAGAAUAUUUGUACAUGUUGUACAUUAGCUCAGUUUAAACGCUCACAAAUAGAGUAAAUAUUUAAUCUCAUUUUAGCCACAUGCGCUUGUUAUAUAUUUCUGAUCCAGAUCCACUAUGAAGGCCGACGUUUGAACAUUGUUCUGGUUGCUGUCAGUUGUUUUGCAAAUAAUCCAAGACUAUCAGCAAUUUCUGGGAUAAAACCUACAACUAAAGCACAUUAUGAAGUAAUACUGUCACAAGUACAAUAUAUAUGGUAUCGUAAUAACUAUUGAUAAGUGAAGUGAUGUACAGUAGUGCUUUCUGUUCAUCUCCUCAAAGUUUCAUUCAUCCAUGUGUGACAAUUUUAUCAACAAAUAUUUGUUCUAUUAUGCAUCGACAUGCAGUUUCUUUGAGGAAAUUCUCAACUGCAAAAAUUCAGAGCAUAUUUAAAGUCUUUCGGAUCUGAAAAUUGUGGGUUUGUAAUAUAUAGUAGAGCAUUUAUUUAGAUUUGUUGAUCCAGAUCAACUGAAUUUAGGGUGUGUUCACACUUGUAGUUUGGUUCAUUUGACGCAUUUAGUAUUGAUUAGCUAAGUGUUCACACUGCAAUUUUUUACAAAACUAAAACACUCCAAAAAAAGAGCUAUUUUGAUGUUUUUGAUGUAAAAGGUGUCAAAACAGCAGCAGAAAUUCCCUUGUUGCAUAAUUUAGUGGAACCAAAACUUGAUUUUAGCAAUCUUAUUUGGCUCAGAUUGCAGUGUUCGUGUUUAUUUUAAUGAACCACACUAAUAAGGGUCAUUUUAAUCUAAAAAAAAAUCCCCUGCAAUGUGUGAACACACUCUUAGAUGGCUCAUAGCUUCUGGAGUGUAAUAAACAAAAAGAAGGAAAUGGAUUAAAAUAAUAGUGUACAGUAUAUGUAAUGUCAUCUUAAUGUCUCUAUCAAGGCUUGUAUAAUACUUUCAAUCAUUUCAACAACUGUGAAAGACUGAAUAUGCCCAUGUGUGAUAUUAUUCAUGGAUGUUUGGGGAGUUUUUCUAUGUACUUUUCUUUGUUUAUGUAAAGAUCUUAAUGUUAGCAUUUCAAAAAUAUGCGUAUUUGGGUAUUUUGGACAUAACCGUUGCACGGUGUAAUGAUUAGCACACUAUUGCGGGGCCUUUGGUGUGACAGGACUUCCUGUGCAAAGCUUUGGCUGAGGUUUCAUUGACAUAUGGACCAGGGGGGAGCCAAGUCGGAGCACUCACUCUGCCCCCCUGGGCUCUGCGCUGGUUGGGGAAAUUCCAAAUUGAACCAAAACAAUUCAUUACAAUUGGCUCAAAAUUGGCAAGCAAAAUUUGAGAUAUUGCAACCUGUACAACCUGGGAACAAAAAAAAAAAGGUUUCAUUGACAUACACAGUCUUAUUGCGCCAUCUGGUGGACUGGAUGUAUUAAGUUUUCUGCCAGUCAUCUUAUGAAGUCACUGACAGAAGCAAUAUCGAUAUCCGUCACGCAUGAUCUGAUUACAUUAGCAAGUGUGAAUGUUAUAUUUCAGCCGCACCAGCAAAAGCUAAGGUCACUGUCCUUUCCGAGACCCGCCAUGUUCUUUUGUGCCCUGAUCUCCUUCAUGCUUGUGUAUCCCUACAGUAGAUAAAGCCUUGUUCAUUCUGUAAAGUAAAGUGAGUGGAAAGAUGCCAGUAGAGUAACACAAAACAGAUAGUUGUCUUUGUAUAGUGAGUUGUGUGUGGUGCUUGGUAUAUUUGUGAAUUGAACCAAACCUUGUGCCACGUGUACAAAGGCACUCUGUAUGUGUGUGCGUGUGUGUAUGUGUGUGUGUAGAUGUAAAUUAUUUUGUCCAGUCUUAAGUGGAAUGUAUUGUUCAAUUGGAGACGGUACAUUUGACAGGUUUCAUUUGAUUUUUUGUAUUGUUUUUCUUGAAUUUUACUGGUCAAACAUUUCAAUUGUUUUAUACUAAUAUGGAUUUAGCCAUUUUUCUUUCCCUCAGCUAUCAUGUUUAGUGUACUUGAUCUGUAUUUAAUGCAAUGUAAACACUUUUAACACCUUAGGUUUCCUGAGAAAAGCUAUACUUACAAAUGAUUCAAUCAUGCAAACAUGAAGCUCAGUAGUUGUGAUUUCUGGAGGUGGUUGUUUUUGAGAAGUUGAGAAGCAUUUGUUUAUUUUGUAUUACUUUUAUAUUAUUUUGUCUCUCCCAGAUGGAUAAUAAACUGAUAAUGUUGCA